AUGUCAAUUCAAAAAAAAGUGACAAAAUUUACAAGACAAAAAAGCGAAUAAGGAAAAUUUUUAAAUUUGUAUUAUGAAGUUCAAUUGCCGUAUUUCAAUCCUUAAUGUAACUCCUAAUUUGCAACAGCUUUAUUGAAUAAUGAUUCAUUAUUGAAUAUAUAUCAGCAGACAAUGAACAGUUAUUUGCAAGGAUAUUACAAAUAAGCAAUAUUUUUUGCAGAAAAAUUGUUAUGUUUGAAUUAAGAUUCAGUUGCAUAGCCAUACUUCGUAUUUUUGCUUGGAAUGUGUCAUUUUGGAAAUUAGGAAUAUUCAGGAGUGUAUAAUCUGUUUUUAAAGCAUAAAUUGACAUAGGGAGAUUUUGCAGUAUUGGGAGCUAGAGCUUUGUAUUCAAAUCGGCAAUAUGAAAUGGGGAUUGAAAUGCUUCAAGAGGAGAGUAGUUCUUAGAGUGAUUGGGUAAGAGGAUAAUGUUAUGAAGCCUUAGAGAACAAAUCAUCAGCAGUUUCUAACUAUUUUGAAUGCUUAUAGAAAACUCCAACGAAUGUUAGAGUGUUUUAGUAAUUAGUUGAUUCGUAUCUGAUUUCUUCAGAUGAAAAGGAGAACUUGGUUUAGCUAAUCUAAUUAAAUGCAGAGGAAGCCUGGUUGAAGGAUUAUUACAUAAGCAAAACUAUAAAUUAUGAGAUUGCGAAUUCAAAAUUAGCUGAUCAAUUGUAGGAAGAAAAGAGGAAAAUAGCUCAAUAGUUGUAAAUUAUAGAUAAGGCCGAAACUUAAUAGCUGAAGCCCUCUCCUGUACGUAGUCCAUAUAUACGUAAAGAGGAGAUUCCAAUUCAAAAUGAUUUAAUUUAUGUAGCUCUGGAAAGGAAGAAUAAUAUUGAUAUACUGAAUGUCAAGGCAAAGAAGGCAUAUUAUAAUUAUGACAUUGCAUCUGCCUAUGAUUGGUCAUUGAAGGCAAUCAAAUUGGAUCCCUUGUAUUUCGAAGUGAUUCCAACUUACGUUUCGUGCUUAUUGGAAUUAGAAUAGAUUGCCGAACUCUAUUAUUGUGCUCACAAUUUAAUUGAGAAUUACGCUCAAAAUGCCCUCAGUUGGUUUGUGGUUGGAGUGUAUUAUUUUUCAACAAAGAAGUACGAAGUAGCAAGAAAACAAUUCUAGAAAUCCAUUUAAUUAGAUUCACAUUUAAUCUACAGUUGGAUUGGAUUAGCCCACUCUUAUGCUAUAUAGGAUGAGUCUGAUUAAGCCAUGUCGAUAUAUAGAUCAAUAACAAGAUAAUUUCCAGGUUGCUAUUAGGCUCAUGUCUAUAUUGGCAUGGAAUACUUGAGAACAAACAAUUUACAAACUGCUAUUUUAUCAUUAUAGCAAGCCAAAGAUAUUAAUCCAACAGACCCUAUGAUUUAGAAUGAAUUGGGAGUUAUAGCCUAUAAAUAAAGGAAGUAUAAUGAAGCUAAAGAUUAUUUCUUAAAUGCAUUAGUCUUUUGUUAAAAUUCAAAUCAUAAAAUCAGGGAAUCUGCAUUAUAGAAUCUUGGACAUACUUUUAGAAAGUAAAAAGAUUACAAAAAUGCAAUUCAGAUAUUUGAAAAGUGCCUACAAUUGAAUUCAGUUUCUCCAUAAAUAUUUUUUGCUUUGGCCUUCUCCUAUCACUUAAGUGAAUUGCCAAACAGUUUAAGCAAAGCAAUUCAUCAUUAUCAUAAGUCACUCUCAUUAAAAUCUGAUUAAACUUUUGUUCAGGAUAUGUUAAGUAAAGCUUUAUAGGAGGCAGCUGAAAUUGGAUUAUCAGAAUAUAUAAAUUGA